GGAAAACUGAGUAAUGGAAAUGAGGAUAAGAAAAAAAAGAUAAAGAAUGUUGACCUAUUGAUUAAAUAAUUUUUGAAUUAUAUUUUUAGACAAUGACAAUUGUAAAAAUACUGGUACUGUGAAAGCUGCAAGAAAUAGGCUAAAUUAGUGCAAGGAAGAAAUAAAAGGGAAUAAUUGUAACCCAUUAUUCUCUCAUUUGUAACUGUGUAAAUAAUUUAACAACCAGAUUUUUUUUAACUGAGCGGAAAAGUGGAAGAAACUCAAAAAAAAUUUUUUUUGCUACAUGAAAGUUAUAAAUAUGAACACAGGAGGGCGCUGUUUUUAUUUUCUGACUCUUAAAAGGUGCUAAGAUUAACUGUGAUUGGCAAAUGUGCCGCAAUGUGAUUGGUCAACUCGAUAAGGAAGGCGUGGCUAGCCCACUGUGUUUAUGUGGCUGCCUGUUCUCCGGAGUAACAACAGGCUCUCCGCUAUGUGAAUUCUCGACUGAAUUAGUUGCCGUUUUGUUCCGCUAGCUAACGUCUCGGUGUUAUGCACGCGCCUCUGCUAUGGGGCGUCACUAGCGGCUGAAAGACGGAAGAAAACAAGGAAAACGCCGCCGGAAUGGCAGGCGCCUUUGGCUUUAAAGGCUGCCAGAAAAUUCGAGGUCCGCAGAUAAGGAGCCUGCUGGAGGCGAAAGACUUCUUCCUCUUCGACUGCGACGGGGUCAUAUGGCACGGAGAGAAUGCUAUCACCGGCGCCGCCAAGGUGGUCAACGCGCUCAUCCGCCACGGGAAAAACGUGGUGUUCGUCACCAACAACUCCACCAGGCCGCGGGAGAAUUACGUGCAUAAGUUCUCCAGGCUGGGCUUCACCGACGUGAUGCUGGAGCAGAUCUUCAGCUCGUCAUACUGCUCGGCUCUGUACCUGAGAGACGUGGUGAAGGUCUGCGGGCAGGUGUUCGUCAUCGGCUGCGAGGGGCUGCGCACGGAGCUGCAGGAAGCGGGUAUCCCCUGCCUGGAGGAGACCGACGACCCGGACGCCACCAUCUACGACUGCGCCCUGGCUCCAGACGUGAAGGCGGUGCUGGUGGGGCACGAUGACAAACUGACUUUCCUCAAACUGGCCAAAGCCUCGUGCUACCUGAAGGACCCGGACUGCCUGUUCCUGGCCACCGACAACGACCCCUGGCACCCGCUGUCGAGUGGAAGGAUCCUGCCAGGUUCUGGGUCCCUCACCGCAGCCCUCGAGGUCGCCUCGGGCCGCAAAGCCACUGUGAUCGGCAAGCCGAGUCGCUUCAUGUUCGAGUGCAUCUCCAGCCAGUUCAGGGGGGUGGACCCGGCCCAGUGUCUGAUGGUCGGGGACCGCCUGGAGACGGAUAUGCUGUUCGGCUCCAACUGCGGCCUGGACACCAUGCUGACGCUCACCGGAGUGUCUCAGAUCGAGGAGGCGGAGGAGUACCGGAAUAGUGACCUGAGCACCAACCACAGCCUUGUGCCUGAUUAUGUGGUGGACACAAUUGCUGAUUUUCUACCAGCCUUUGAGGAACUGGAGGAAGAGAGCAAUUGAUGUGUGGUGUCCACCAACCUCUUGUAGGAUUCAGUGCUGAAUCUGGCAUGCGCACAAAUUUCUCCUGAACAUAAAGGCACUGUUUUUAUAGCCAGGAGGACAAGAUAUUCUCUGCUGAAAUAAUCCUGUGCAUCCCUGUGUUCCUCUUGUUGUCGUAGCCAUUUGUGACUUGACUGUUUGCUGUGCUUAACCAGUAUUUUUGCUCUUGGUUGUGUUAGAUUUUCUGGUAUUUGCAGCCAAAAUGUUUUUAUUUUUAAAUCCAUGAAUUUUUCUGAAUUCAUGAGUAGAUUUUUUUCUUUUUUUUUGCCAAAACAUGUACAAAAGCAGAGGACCUGCGUGUUUGCCUGAUGUGUGAACUUCCAGAAUAACAAGCUCAAAUGUGUGGGAGCUUUUGUCAGUUCUGCAGAGACAAAGCUGACAAUCCACCAGCUGUACAAAAGUGUUCAUUCACUUUUGGCCUUUUUUUGUCAUGUCUGUACUACUUGUGCCAAUCCAUGCGAGUAAUGAACAGCUCCCAGAAGCUGCUAGUUUUAUUGCACUGAUGUGGAAUUUGAAUAUUGUGAAUGUUUUCCCUUUAGAGCAUGAGAUCUGAAAAUAAACACCUCAGAGUAUCCAAA